UAAUUUUAAUGUGAUUAUGAAUGAUCAGUCAGAUAUCUGAUUACCUCAGAAUCAAUAUGUGUUAUAAACACAACAAUUCGCUAACCACUAAGCGGGCAACUUAAAGCCUAUUGUGAUAAAAAAAGAGAUUGCCCCACAGAGCACCAACUUGGUGAGCACUCCACACCACAGUCACAAUAAAAAACAUCCUAGUGUCGUCACCAAUAAAACAAAAAACAACAUAACAGAAACCCAAAGAUUAGAGAAUAUUUGAAAAUAAAAUGGAAAUCAAAAGAAAUUAAAUAAAACAGAGAACUUGCACAACUCGUCUUCAAUUUUCCCAGCAAGCCUAUUGUCCAAAGCUCGCCCCAACCCCGUUCUUUACCCCCAUGAAUUUCACUUCCACUAAUGUCUCCUCUUCCAUCUGGCGGCUCUUUUGCUCAGCAACCAGAAAGUCUUUCUUCUGUUUCCCUAAACCUUUAAUCGCACUUGCAAAAACAUCAGAUGUAGAUCCCCAAACCAGAGUGCCUACCCGUUGCACUUUCUCACCAUGGAGCUUGUUGCUACAUCAAUAAAGUAAAUCCCAAUCAUCAAACCGUGAGCAGCAUAACAAUCAACCCAAAGGCCACCCGGAAAAUUCAGCCACAUAGUUCACCCAUGACUUGGGCGAGUAGGUCACGCCACAUCUCCCCAACAACCGCCCAACUUGUAGAACCACCAUAGAAGCAGUCUCCAACCCAUCCCAGUCCAGUGCAAGCAAUCACCGCCAAAUGUUGGAAACACAAAAUUGGUUUGAGAUUCAGUGUCAUUGCAAUCAUUGGCAACGAGGAUAUAACACUCGAUGAAUUCAACUCAGACGUAAAACAAACUCUAAGAACAGGAAAAAACGUUAUAGAAAUCAUUCUGAAACCAAUGAAAAACACUGAAAUCAACCGCUAACAAACCUGUUUUGAUGAACAAGCGAUGGAACCCAAAACCCUAUCUAGAGAGGGAACAAACCGCUUUUUCUCAUGUUUUGAGGAGUAAGACCUUCCAUUAUUAAUACAUUAAAAAUUGAAUGACGAUUAUGAGACAUUGAGACUACAUAUGCCUAUUUGAUUCCAUGGUCGAGUAUAAAUAUUGCAUACCAUACAAAAAAUGUAUUUUUGUGUUUUGCAAAUCUUGGUCAAAGUUAAUUUACACGUGUUAUAAUCAAGUAAAAAAUGUAUUUUUGAGAUUUAUGUGGAAACGAGAAAAAAACUUACUUAACCAUGUGUUUAUUAACGUCGUACUUUAAAUGGAAUUAGCAAAGAUUUUUGAAACAAUUAAAAAAGGAAAGUUGAUAAAAUUUUAUAGUCCGAAGGGAAUGCUACACAUUUUGAGUUGCCAUUUAUGUAACACACACAUACACCGAGAGUUGCGUAAAAUUAGGGAUCUUAGGUGGGGGCUACAUCGACAAUCUCCGGCUCAAAUGACAGGCGUCAGCGCAUGUGUUCAUCAUGCCAUAGAUGAGGGAUUUGCAAUCGACGACCUACAGGUGAAGAAGAAAUGCAUGCCCUCUAAUCUUUCAUGGUGUCACAAUGCAAAGCUCCACAACCGCGUGUGAAUGAGAGCAUUGGGUGAAGGAGGGGAAAACAACACUAGUCCUUUGUGUGAUGAGGGUUGCUGAACGACUUUGCCCUCUAGGGGUUAAGCUAGAC